CUGUGGGCAAACGAGCCUUAUGAAACAACCGCAUGUUGGACUCCUGCGUGCACACCCCUUCAGGGGAGGCUCUGGGUUUGAAGGGGCCUUGUAGGCCCUUCCCACUUGUGUCUAUGACUAAGACGGUUGUGCAGAUCAGGGUGCACAAAGCCCUGGAGAGCCUGGCCCAAGGAGCUCCAUGUCCAGCCACAGAUGGGUGGCAAAUAACAGGAUCCCACUACCUCAGGCUUGAACAAAUUGGGGAGACCCUCAUACCCACCAUCCACUGCUCAUCCCUCCCCUUCUACAUGUGGGAAGGGUUUGCUGUAGAUUUAGAGACAGCCCUGGUAGGGCUAGUGUUGCGUGGCUAUCUAGACUGCAUGUGUAGUACAGCUCUCCAGCCAUACAUAAGCAGGAAAGAGGUGGCUGCUCUAAACUCUGAAAAAGCAAAAGCUCUCCCUCUGCAUUUGCUCCACCUGGCACUUUGCCCAGGGCUGGUAACACGGCAAAGGAGGCACUGGGGUAUUAAACUCAUCCCAGCGAGGCUGCCACCGGGGGCCAACACCCCACUGCCCACCUAGAGGAAGGGAUUGAGCCUUGUGCAGGUAGCUGGUGUACUCAGCAAACAGCCCUCAUUUCAGCAACACUCACCACCUCAGGCUGUCAGCUGGACCCCCAUCUGAAGACACUUGUGGCAUCUUAAGAUGGCUCUCUUCUUCCCCCACCCAGCCUGGCAUCUUGAGCUACUGCAGAGGUUUUCUGUAGCCAACUGGCCUGCUGUGCCUUUGGGUCACUCUGUGUUUGGGGUUAUCUAGGAUGUGCUAUAUUCCCAUUGCCUCAGCUUCUGUGAGACAGGGUCCUGGAGCUGGGUGCCAUGAGGGGACACUUGGAUACCUAGGACACAGGAGGCCUAACCUUAUCCUUAUCUGACAGCCUGUACUUGUGGUGUGUGCCCUGUUCCCCUUAGGUAAACAAGAGGUAACAGGAGAGGUCAGAGGGUACAUGAGAGGGUUAGUCAAGUGUCCAGUGCAGGCCUGUAGGUAGGCAGGAGCAGCCAUGCAUGGCAACAUUGUCACGGAGACUCCUCCCAAACCACUGUCUGUUGGGAAUGGCUGACCCUGAGGGAGUCAGGGAUGGUUUAGUGACAGGAACCUUCCUGUUCUAGGCAUUCAUGUGGCCCUACUUCCUGCUAAUCUACAAUCUACAGCCUUCUGGAGCCCCUGGGCCCCCAGAAGCCCUUCUUGACUCCUCUCAGGGGCAGCAGGUGGAGGAGGGGCUGAGGACAGCUGCUACCAGGCAGCUCCCUGGCUGGCUGGACUGGCAGUACCAGCCACCAGCCACUGCUCAUCCCUCCCCUUGCCAGCCUCUCUUGGAGGGCAGCUCCAGACCUUAUCGGCUGGGCUGGGGAGGAAGACAGUUAUCAGGUCCUUGGCAGCUACACUUCCCUGGUCUCUGAGGGCGGCACUGGCUGCCUCCCCUGAUAAAUGUCCCUCGAGGGAGGAGAGUCCCCCACCCCUCAGAAGAGGCCCCAGCUGGAAAAGCAGUGUCUUACAUUCCUGAGGGCCAGGGCUGGGCCACUGCCCUGCCCCCUGGGUUGGAAUUCCUGCUUUGCUUAGUCCUUUUGACUCGACCCUGAGCUAAUUUCUAAUUAUCUUGCCCACCUCAGGCCUGCAGCAUGCAGUCCCAGGAGAGUGGCGUCCACUACAGCAGGUGGGACAGCAGCAGCCGGGAUGAGGUCAGCAUGACUGCCGGGUCCAGCACUGAGGAGGUCCCGUGCUAUAGGAGGAUCUCCCAGAAGCUGUGCUCGGGCAAGCUGGGGAUCGCCAUGAAGGUGCUGGGUGGAGUGGCCCUCUUCUGGAUCAUCUUCAUCUUGGGCUACAUCACUGGCUACUACGUGCACAAGUGCAAAUAAAUGCUGCCACACUCCCGCCCUGGGGGUUCCCUCCCA